AUGGAUCAAGAAACUACACGAUGCACGACUCGUGCAUGGCGCUGGUUUAAGGCCAUACCUGAGAAAUUUGUAUCGAAAAUAAUGGAUGCAGCCACUGAGGGAAAGAAACUUGGAGUUGAAGAUCCAAGAAGGAUUAUUCACUCACUGAAAGUUGGAUUGGCAAUAAGUUUAGUUUCACUGUUCUAUUACUUCGAUCCUUUGUACGAAGGCUUUGGCGUGUCAGCAAUGUGGGCUGUCAUGACCGUGGUUGUCGUCUUCGAAUUUUCCGUAGGGGCUACUCUCGGACGAGGCAUAAAUCGAGGGAUUGCAACAUUGUUAGCUGGCUCACUAGGUGUUGGAGCACAUCGGUUAGCAAGUUUUCCUGGGGAGAAAAUAGAGCCGAUACUACUUGGAUUAUCCGUUUUUUUAGUAGCUGCUGCAGUAACAUUCAUUCGAUUUUAUCCCAAAUUGAAGGCAAGAUAUGAUUAUGGACUUGUCAUAUUUAUCUUGACGUUCUGCUUAAUAUCUGUCUCCGGGUAUCGAGACGACGAGGUUUUGGAAAUGGCAUAUAAGAGGUUGUCCACGAUACUCAUAGGUGGCGCUGCUGCUUUGAUAGUUUGCGUUUUGAUAUGCCCCAUAUGGGCUGGUGAAGAUCUUCAUAAUCGAGUUGCUGGCAACAUUGAAAAUUUGGGAACUUUCCUUGAAGGUUUCGGAUGUGUAUACUUCCAAACAUUAGAUGACAAACUCCAAGAUCAGAAAGCAUCUCUGGAUGGCUAUAAAAGUGUUCUUAAUUCCAAAAGCACUGAAGAAUCCUUGGCGAACUUCGCAAAGUGGGAGCCUCGACACGGCCGAUUCCGAUACCGGCACCCUUGGGAUCAAUACCUGAAAAUUGGGAUGCUUGUGCGAGAAUGUGCUUAUCGCGUUGAUGCUUUGAAUGGCCAUCUUAACUCGGAGAUGAAGACACCACCAGAAGUCAGAGCCAAAAUUCAAGAAUUAUGCACAAAGAUGAGUUCUGAAUCCAGUCUUGCUUUGAAAGAACUAUCACUAGCAAUCAAGACAAUGAGUUCUUCAUCCAUUGCUGAUCCUCAUAUUGUCAAUGCAAAAACUGCAGCCAAGAAACUUAAAUCCUUGCUCAAAACAGGCCUGUGGGAGGACACAAAUUUUCUUGAUAUAAUUCCUGCUGCUGCAGUUUCUUCUUUACUCAUAGAAAUUGUCUCCUGCACUGUGAAAAUUGCUGAUUCUGUUCAUGAACUUGCUUCCAAGGCAAAGUUCAACAAUGAUGUUUUGAAGCAAAAAGAAAAGGGAAAAGUAUUGAGAGUCCCAAGUAUUGAAGGAUCCCACAACAUUGCUAUAAAUUCUGAGUGA